AUGAAGCUCAAUCCCACUAAAUGUACUUUCGGGGUACCCUCAGGCGAGUUCCUAGGCUAUCUCGUAACCGAAAGAGGCAUUGAAGCCAACCCGCAGCAGAUAGCAGCCUUCCUAGAAAUGCCGUCACCUAAGACGACCAGAGAGGUACAGAGAUUGACUGGACGAAUCGCGGCAUUGAAUCGAUUCAUAUCCAAGUCCACCGAUAAAUGCCUCCCAUUUUACAAGCUUCUAAGAAAUAAUAAGAAGUUCUUAUGGGACGAGAAAUGUGAGGAAGCCUUCAAGCAAUUGAAAGCUUACCUCUCCGAACCUCCGAUCCUAUCUAAACCAGUAAUAGGAGAGCCAUUGUACCUAUAUCUCGCUGUGUCAACUGCUGCAGUCAGCGGCGUUCUAGUACGAGAGGAACAAAACGAACAAAGACCAGUCUAUUACACCAGUAAAAGUUUGAUAGACGCCGAAACCAGGUACCCUGCAAUGGAAAAACUAGCUCUAGUAGUCGUAACAGCUGCCAGAAAAUUGCGACCUUACUUCCAAUCGCACUCGAUCGUCGUAAUGACCUCACAACCAUUACGAAUGAUCUUACACAGCCCUAGCCAGUCAGGGCGAUUGGCUAAAUGGGCCAUAGAGCUCAGCGAAUAUGAUAUUGAGUAUAGACCUCGAGCAGCAGCGAAAGCUCAGGUCCUUGCCGACUUUAUCAUUGAGCUAACAUCCGAGCAGUUAGACUCCGAAAUGGAAUCUCCGAAGUGGAGCCUAUACGUCGACGGAGCCUCAUCAAAACAGGGCUCCGGUAUCGGUCUAAGGCUAACUUCUUCAGCAGGAGAAACCAUCGAGCAGUCAUAUAGGCUCGGGUUCAGCGCCUCAAACAACGAAGCUGAAUAUGAAGCACUAAUCGCAGGGUUGAAGCUCGCCCUAAGCCUCGGAAUCCGAGAGCUAAACGCUUAUAGUGAUUCACAGCUAGUAGCUAGCCAGUUUCACGGAGAAUACGAAACGAGGGACGAAAGAAUGGGGGCAUAUCUCGAAGUCGUCCAGAACCUCACUAGGCAGUUCGACAAAUUCGAGCUAACGAGAAUCCCACGAGGUGAAAACUCCUCAGCAGAUGCGUUGGCUGCUUUAGCUUCCACGUCAGACCCCCUCGUAAAACGAAUCAUACCCGUAGAAGGAAUCGAGAAACCAAGCAUCGACAUAGCUACUAAAGCUGAGAAAGAGAGCAAACUAACAGCGCAACCCGAAGGUACCGGCCCUGAAACGGUAGCUACCCAGGUUUUCACAACAUUUUGGUUUCCAAAAACCAGAAUAUGCAGCGCAAAAAAGCAUACCUCCGGGAACACAAUCCAAAUCACGGAAGAUAUUCCUCGAAAUUCAGACUCCUUAGAGCCUGAUCUCGAAAAUACCCCCGGGGGCACCAACUCAGACCCAGUCAUCUGCAGAGUUAAAACCAGAAGCCGUACGGCUCUCCAAAAUUCAUCUGGAGGUAUUCCUCGGAAUUCAGACUCCCUGGAGCCCAAUCCUACCAAUACCUCCGGGGGCACCACGACAUCAGGUCUCGACGAACAGGAACCUCCCUCGUCUCUUCAUAACAAAGUUGUAGGAAGAGAGGAUUGGAGAAUUCCAAUCACGCAAUACAUUCUGGAGGGAAAGACUCCACCCGAUAAAUGGGAGGCUCGAAAGCUCAAAGCAUUAAGCGCGAGAUAUUGCGUAACCGAAUCUGUCCUCCUCAAACGAAGCAUUUCCAGACCUUACCUAAAAUGCGUCCAUGGCCUCGUUGCUAUGAGACUCAUGAAAGAAAUGCACGACGGUUCCUGCGGAAACCACUCUGGAGGAAGAGCUUUAGCCAUCAGAAUCAAAAGACAAGGAUAUUUCUGGCCUACCAUUAUUGCAGAUUGUGAGGCCUAUUCCUCUUCAUGCGACAAAUGCCAGAGGCAUGCACCGAUUAUACACCAACCUGCGGAAAAGCUGUCUAACAUAUCUGCCCCUUAUCCAUUUAUGAGAUGGUCCAUGGAUAUCGUGGGACCACUAGUACCAUCAGGAAGUGGAAAGAAGAAGCUACGUUUCCUCUUAGUCUUAACGGACUACUUCACAAAAUGGAUAGAGGCUGAAGCUUUCCAGCAGAUAACCAGGGUCGAGGUCGAGCAAUUCGUAUGGAAAGAUAUCGUGUGUAGACACGGCGUCCCAUACGAAAUCGUAACUGACAAUGGAGGACAAUUCAUAUCCCACGAUUUCAAAAUAUUUUGUGACAAGUGGAAUAUUCGCCUGACCUUCUCAUCACCUCGCCGACCUCAAGGUAACGGACAGGCGGAGGCUGCUAAUAAAUCAGUAUUAGCAAACCUCAAGAAACGCCUCGGAACCCAGAUACUCUGGGCA